AGGGGGAUCUAGAAAUCCGGUCAGAACCAAGGUCUCUUGUGCUUCCUGUUUGAAGACAAUAACAAUCGGCCUCAAAAGUAUAAAAUGCGUGGAGCUGGGAACGAUAAAUCACUGAUUCCGAUAUCUUUAGAUGACAGCAGGAAAACUUUUUUUUGAGUUAGAAGUGGCAAUCUAAAGUGACAGUUCUUUGUUUACCAGUAUUGCUUCUCGAAGUGAAGUGUUCGAACGUCCGGGUGUUGGCCAAUAGUCUCCAGUGGCUAUUCUGUUUAUCAGCUCUUCGAAGAUUUCAAGUGUAAAAAGAUGACAGCUGUGCCUUUCGCUGUGGUGCCCGAGGCGUGGUGCUCCCAAAGACCACCUCUACCCCGUGGCUCAGACGAGUUCGAAGUUGUCAUCGGCGAGUUGAAGAGCAACCUCUCACCCCGUUCUCCUCCGGAGUCCCCUGACUCGAAACAGGAAGUGACGCUACAACGAGCAGAGCGCAUGCGCCGUACAAACUCUACUUCCUCCCUGAAGUCUCAGCAGUGGAAUCUUUCACGGGCCGACUCCGGAAUGGGCUACAUCGUGAAGUGGGCGGUCCAGAAGAGACUGCGAUCAUUUAUUGAGCAGACACGACAAGAUAAACUGUACCAACGAUAUUUGAAAGACAUGAAGGAAUCAUGAGUUGUUCUUUUUUCUUCUUCUUUGCAUAAAAGUAAACAAAAUUAAUGACUGAUACCGCACGUUUUGCUAUUCUAACCAAAAUGAUCAUGAAAUCGCCGAUUUGGAGGGCAUGGUUGUGUUUUAAGACGUGCUGUUGUAAUACUGGCUAGUCGUAAGUCUUCAGAAUAUCAAUGACUGUUGACCAACGUUCUGUAAAGAACAAAUGCCUGAUUUGUUUUUUCUGGGUCCAAGUGAAAUGAAUAUCCUCUUUUUUUCUAAGCAGUCGCUUGUUAUGUAUGACGCUAAGCCAUUCUUGCAAAUAAGAUAUUUUCUGCAGUUGUAACUAGUCAUCGAGUGUGGACAUGUGUAUUCAUUAAAAAAUGUAUUAUUUUUG